AUGGUCGCCAGGAGCCCCAACGCCAAGCCGGACCGCCAGACGGCGGCCGCCGUCGCCGCCGCCGCCGCGCUCAACCCCGCCCUCGUCAGGGAGACCCUCAAGAAGAUGGACAGGUGCAUGGCCCGGCUGCAGGAGCUGCAGUACACGGUGGCCGGCGGCGCCAAAGUCGUCUCCGGGGUCAGCCUCAGCCCGCGCAGCACGCGCGGCUACCUCCGCACCAGCAUCCGCUGCAAGCAGGAGACCGUCAGGAUGAGGGGCACGCCGGCGCGGAGCGGAUCCCCCAAGGGCAAGUUCGGCGGCGGCGAGGGCGCGGCCCAGUGGCGCCGGAUGUCGCUGCCGGCGAUGCUCCUCGGCGAGACCGUGCUGGAGAUCGUCCAGGCCAGCCAGUUCGCCCGGGACAUCGUGGCGGUCGCCGAUCCGCCCAAGACCCCGAUGCCCGUCUCCAGGACCAGGAAGGCCACCGCGGAGCAGACGCCGCUCCGGGCCCGCCGCGCCAAGGAGAAGCAGAGCCAGCGCGGCACGGCGGGGGCCGAGGCCGGCACGCCGCCGUCGCGCGCGCGCGUCCGGUCCCGGAUACAGUUCAAGCCCACCUCGCCCCUCGGCCGCCCGUCGCUGUCGGCGGCGAACAGGGUGUCCCCCAAGAACCGGCCGUGCGGCAAGAAGACGGUGAUGUUCCCCAACCCCACAUUCGUCGCUCCCGCCUCCUCGGCCGCGUACGCGUCGCCGUCGGCCACAAAGAAGCAGAAGCGGUCGAACAAGGCUAGGUCCCCUGUCAAGGCCGCGCAGACGCCGCACAAGUUCCUGGUCAAGACGCCGCCGAGCGCCCUUGGGUCCAAGCUGAAAAGCCAUGGCAAAUUGCUGCCCAAUUCACGACCCGUCGCCGUGUCGCCGCCAGGGAAAGCACAGGCGGCGUCCGGGAAAGCCCGGCGGUGCUCAUUCUCGCCGUCCAAGUUGGCCACAAGGCUCGUUUCACCGAUAAAGGCGAGGCUAUCCUUCAUCUCGCCAAUGAAAUCGAGGACGUCGUCGCUGAGGUGCCGCGACGGCGGCGUCGGCGUGGGCGGCAGCAUGAUGAGUGGACUCAAGCAGCGACCCGUCGUCAACUUGACGGCGCGGACUGUCAGGAUAUCAUCUUGA